AUGGGGACGAAUUUCACUGAGUUCGGAGACUUGGUGCUCCUGAUUGGCGACUUCCACAUUCCGCAACGCGCAGCUGACUUGCCGGUCUGUUUCCGCGAGCUGCUCGACACGGACAAGAUUCGGCACGUCUUGUGCACCGGCAACGUCGGCUGUCAGUCGGUUGUGGACUCGCUCCGCUCGAUUUCGUCCUCGCUGCACAUCGUCAAGGGCGACACAGACACGGGAUUCGACUUCCCCGAGUACAAGGUUCUGCAGUUUGGCCAGUUCAAAGUCGGCUUGAUCCACGGCCACCAAAUCGUGCCGUACGGCGACGCGGGCGCGCUGCUCCACUGGCAGCGGAAGUUGGACUGCGACAUUCUGGUGUACGGUCACCUUCACAAAGACUCCGUGGUCGACCUCGAUGGCAAGUUUUUCGUUAAUCCCGGCAGUGCAACCGGCGCCUACCAGCCCUGGCUGACAGAGCGCGUGCCGUCAUUCAUGCUCAUGGCUGUGCAGGGCGCGAGCGUCGUUCUCUACGUCUACGAGGAGAAAAAUGGAAAAGCCGAGGUCGUCAUGAGCGAGUUCAAGAAGGACAUCUCCGAAAGCGAAAGUGCGCCAGCGCCGCCCAAGGAAAGUUGA